AUGAAUAGCGCCAUCACCAGCGCCAACAACGCGACCUUGGCCGGCGUGGCCGCCAAUUACGCACUGAGAACGGUAACCGACCAGUUGGCUCUAGAUCUUGCCGCCAAGCAGUCGGGGCCUGACGCUUCCAUUGCAGCCUUGCAAGCGGCGGGCUUCCAAACGGCGGCACAAGUCGCUAGCGCCAUCACCACGGCGUUGCUGCCUUACACUGAGACCACGGGGCUCAACUCCUUGCUGGCGGUGCGCGAUGGUAGGCUUGACGGCGCUGAAGCAUCUAUAUCGACCUUGCAAGCAGCAGGCUUCCAAACCUCUGCCCAAGUGGCAAGCGCCAUUGCAUCGGGACUCCUGCCUUACGUCCAACAAGCGGGACUGGAUGCGGCGCUAGCACUCAGGGACAGCAGGCUGGAUGGACACGACGCAGACAUCCUCGCCUUGCAGUCUGCGGGCCCCUUUGCCACGUCCUCCGACCUGACUGCUGCCGAAACCAGCCUGCAGAGCGCCAUAGACGCCAUCCUCGCACAGUUGGCGGCCUUGACCGCUGGCGGCGGCAGCAACUUGAUCAACGCGCAGGCCUGGUCUGGCGAGAUCACCUGGGACUUGCUUCUGGGCACCAACACUCUGCGCAAUUUGCACUUCAGCGCGCCCCUCAGCGUGAGCCUGCAGAACGACAACUUCACCCUGAGCCUGGCCUGCGACUCUUACAGCAUUGCGCAAGCAGACGCCGCCAUCGCAACGGCUCUGCUACCCUACGAGACUGCUGCACAAAGAGACGCGGCCAUUGCGGCGGCAUUGAUAGCCUACAGCACCACAACAGAGAUGAACGCCGCGAUCGCCGCGGCCUUGUUGCAAUACUACACCGCGACGCAG